AUGCGCUCCAAAAAUGCAACCAAACAGGCGCCGUUCAUCAGUCUUCAAGUUCGCGCCGUGAAUCGAGUCGUCUUCACGAAGAGGGACGAAUCGCUCGAGGAGAUUCCCGGCGAUAAAUUCCGUCAUGACGGCGGCGGCGAUUCGAAGGAGACGUUGAUUGCCGCUGAGGGCGUCGACGUGCCGACGACGCUCAACAACGACACGAUCAUAUUGAUUCCGGAAGCGCGCGAAUACAAUGUCGACGUGAUCGAUGCGUUGGAUCCGCGAUUCCUCGAACGCGAGCAGAUGUCGGUGCGUGUCGACGAUGGUGUGAUGGGCGUGUGGCGCGAGCGGUUGGCGAACGUCACGCUUCUCGAGCAGCGCGUCGCCAACGAGCAUCGCGACUACGGCAGCAGCUACAUUUUGCCGGUGCUCAAAAGUGUCAACUAUGAUAAUACGAGUGUGCCGCAGGCGUUUAAAGAUAUUCCAGUCCACGUGGCCGUCUCGUUCAAUUUCCUCUAUCUCGCCAAUUUCGACAGCGAGCUGAUGGAGUACUCGACCGACGUCGAAAUGGAAUUCUCGUGGAUCGAUGUGAGACUCGCCAACAAUUACACGAAGCCGAUACGGAUUCGCGAGAAGGCGAUCAUCGAGCAGAUCUGGAAGCCCGAUCCGUAUAUCGUCAACUCGAAAUUCUCCUACUUCCACUAUGUCUCGUUUCCCAAUUAUCGAAUGCGCAUCACGCCCGACGGUCUCGUCACCUACACGAUGCGCGUCUCGUCGGUGUGCUCGUGCUUCAUGUCGUUCUGCUUGUAUCCGCACGAUCGUCAGACGUGCGAUCUCAAAAUCAGUUCGAUUGCCUACUCGGACCAAUUCGUCAAAUUCCAUUGGCACUCGAGUCCGAUUCGAUUCCAAUCGAAAAUCACACUUCCCGAAUUGCACAUCACCAAAAUCGCCACCGAUGAUGAUUGCGAGACGUCGGGAAAACUCGUCAACGGCUCGUGCCUUCGAAUUGUGCUAUCAUUAGAGAGGGACAGCGCCAGAUUUGUUGUGGAGAAGUACGUGCCAUCAACAUUGGCGAUGAUGUUCGCCUGGGUGGCCCCCUACGUUCCAUACAACUAUGAGGACGUGCGAAUCAUCACCCCGAUAACGGUCCUUCUGACGCUCGUCCAAAUGGAGAAAGGCGACAAAGAGAUCCGCACGUCGUAUCUGACGUCGAUUGACGUGUGGUUCGCCGCGAUGAAAUCGUUCACGGUGUUGUCGCUUCUCGAAUCGCUGGCCGUUCUGGCGCUGAUCAAACGAUCGAGGGCGAUGACGAAAAACGCUCAGCGAGCCGCCAACGAGCUCGAACGGUGCAAUUUCGAGGCGGAAGCCUAUCGAAUCAAUCGGCUCUACCAUCGAUUGGACUCGAUUUGUCGAUUCAUGUCGCCGAUGGUGUUUAUCAUAUUUUUCGUCUAUUAUGUUCUUUUCAUUGCCCAAGGCGAUGAGAAUUGUGUCGAUGGUUUGUCAUGA